AUACUUUCAACACGCAACUACAUUCUGUUGGUUACUAGCAACUCGUAUUAUUAUUAUGCUUCGCUGUAUGAGUAUGUGAAUGGCAGUACUUUAAGUGGUCAGUGGGGUGACAUUUCCAAUGAAAAUAGCUCAAUUACAUGUGUUAUUUUCAAUCUCUGUUACGCAGAACGUAGAAAAGUAAGAUUACUGGGAAAGCUAAGGACGGUAUCAUCAUGAAAUUGUCUAUUUCUUUGUGCUUGGUGAUCGCAUGUCUGGCUUGUUUAAUCGAAUUUCAAGAAACGUCGUUAUGCUUGGGAAAUUCGUGUGCGGCUCAGAAAAAAGCAACUGAAAAUGAAUUAGAAUUGGUCUUCAAUUUCCAUAACCUCGACGAACUAAGAAAAGCACUAGAAGAAAGUCCUGAUAUUCAAAAACUUUUGGAGCAGCAAGAAAUCAAUAGCAACCAAUUUGAAAUACAAUCGACAAUAGUUGAUGGGGAUGCAUGCUCACCUGAAACAUCAAUAGAGUCGACUUUAUCCACUACCACUGUCGUGACUGACUUUGACCAAUCGUCUGAUGCAACUACAAAAGUUCAAACCACACAAUUUGAACAUACGCCAACUCCAAAAACACCACCGGAACAUUCUGCUACUGAAUCAACUAGAGAUCCACAGCAUGCAUCAACAGACGAACCAACAAUAUCCACGGACUUAAUAAAUGCAACCCUCCACCUGGCGACAAUGGCGGAUAAAGCAUCCCCAGAAUCUCAGAGUCCCUCGGCUGCGCCUAUUACUGCCCUAAACUUCCCUGUGACUGACGAAUCCAUGCAAUUCUCAACGGCAGUCCAAUCCGGGUCCAGCACAGAACAUGCAAUGGCUUCCAAUCCCGACUAUUCAAACGAGUUAACCCCCAAUAAAGGAUCAGGAAUCACAACACAAUAUACAACAGCAGACAUAUCGACUACUAUUGUUUCACCGAGAGAUACUUCCACACCCAUGGUGGAAACAACUUCAGACCCAUGCACGGCACAGCAAACAACGGCUAACCCCACUAAUGAAACAUGUCCCAUUUUUUAUGGCGGAAAAUGCUACACUGUUGUCACAUGGAAUGGAACAAAAAAAAUUGAAGACGCAAAGACACAAUGCACACCAGCAGAUAUAUGCGACUACUGUCAUUUCAAGGAAGUUACCCAAUAUUUAGGAAAAGAUUUAUACGAAAAGAAUUCGAAAAGUAUAGAAAUAUGGACUGGAAUGACGGCAAACAGUUCAGAGAAGAAAAUGUAUCUAUCGUCGGGAGAGGAAGUCACAUUACCAUCUAUCAAGCUGAAAUGGUCUGGUGGUGAAUAUGUUGCUAUAAGAGGUACAGUCGGUGGGGAUAAUUACCUUUUCGUCUCAUUAGGACCCGCUGGAAAGAAGGGAGUUUUGUGUAACGCUACAGAUUAAUAAAUCUUCACAUGACACAAGUUUUUGAAUUGGUUUGAAUUGGAAUUGCAAAACGAAUAAUUACAAUGUCUAUAGUUUCAAACAGAAUAUCAAUAGAAUAGAAAUAUCAAUCUGAAAAUAAAUAGCUGUUAAGGGUGACAGGGUGGAGGGGAUGUUCGAAUGGCUAAUGUGUUCAAUCAUAUUGGAAGUAUAUUAUACUUAUAAAUUAACAAAAUAGCUUCAAAAAAACUAAGUCACUGUAAUGAAAAAAAAUUACCACUGAUUGAGAAAACAUAUUUUCUAAAUAAAAAAGAGACCUAUGAAAUAAUUGUGUCUUGCAACAUCAUUUGAAAAAUUAUUGCACUUAAUAUAUAUUAUGCUGAUAAUGUUUGAUGUAGAGUUAAUGAUUCCAAACACAUUUGAAAGGUUCAGAAGGAGGCCCUUUGAGACAUUUAUUCAACUUAUCACACCCCUUCGGUGCCCAAUUCUGAAAAGAAAAUGUAAUCUGAAUUUAAAUCGUAAUUUAGUAUUCAACUUCAAUAUUUCUAUAGCAUUCGAUUGCCUCAUCAUACGUAACCUUUCUGAAAAUCAAAAACACUUGACACUGUUUGCAGAUAGUGAAUGGAAAAUGUUUUCAUUUAAAUUCAUCUGGUUCCAAAACUUCCAAAUUGAGAUAGAGACGAGAAAUACAAAAUUGUUAAUGAAAUUGGGAGAUGGCUGUACAGCCAAGAGCCAUGCCGAUUUUGGAACAAUCUUAUCUGUUACGUCAAUUUUUAUCAAAUAUUAUAUAAGUCACUAUAAAAUGACAAAUUUUGAAACACUAGUAAUAGUAUUAAUUUCGAAUUUACUUUGAAAUAAAUUUGUUUCAAAUAUCAAAAUUACCUGUGAAUUAUCCACUUACCAUUAUGCCAUUAUCGCACAUAUCUAAUACGGCAUGUCCUGGUAUUAAAUUUUGUUCAUGUUUCAUCACUUCAUUUUUAAUUAAUUUCAUUGCGGCUUCGUAUUCAGAAUUAAACCUGAAUAUAUUCGGGAAAAAAAAAAUUUAUUAAAAAGAUAUGUUUGAUGAUUUUUUUCAAAUAGUUUUGCGAAUUCGCUGCCAUGUUUUUUUAUUACAUUGAGGCCUAAUCGCCCAGUAUUUAAUGAUUUGGGACUAAAUUUAUAGUUGGCUGAGGUUUAUGUCCCACACCAUCUACAUCACUGGUUCUGAAACGGUUGGGCGCGCCCCACAAGGGGGGCAUAGACAAAUUCUUGAGGGGGCGUGAAGCUAAUUAAAAAUAAAAAUAUUUGUUAGACUUGGUCUUGCCCGCCUUAUUAUGGAUAUUUACAUUUCUUUAUUGUUUAGAGAUUGCAAUUCCAUUCAUAUAUUUUCAGAGUGUUUUUCAAUACAACAUGAAUUUUUAGCUAGUUAUUUUUGAGGUGGGGCGCAAGACUUGACAAAUUCUGAAAAUGGGGCACGGCCUAAUAAGCUUGAGGACCACUGAUCUACAUCUUACUCAAGAAAAUAAAUUGAAUUGAGUUUACGAAAGAAAACAUCUUGAAAAAAAUUUCAAUGAGAUGAAUCUUGAUUGAAGAUACAAAACUUUUUUUGACAAUUACUUUCAUUUGUUUUUUCCUAAAACAUAACUAUUUCAAAAUGUAUUUUUUUUUACUUCCAUUUUUUUCAUUAAUUUGUUUAUUAAUUAUGUAUAUAAAGUAAGAGUAAGUAUCUAAAGGUUAUUUAAAUGCUUUUUGAUUGCUUUUUCGUUUCAAUUUGUGUGUCCUGAUAAACUUUGCCUAUCUGGAUUCAUAAGGUUUUCGAAGAUUGAAUCAGCGUCAGAUACUUAAGAUAUCAAAAUUUGAGCUCGGCAAACUAUGUUUUUUUUCAUUCAUCUGUCUGGUAUUUAAGAAAGCCAAAAUUCUGAUUAUGACUCCAACCUCAGAAUGUUCAAAUUUUAUCCCAAUUUACAAAAGUAU